GGCGGAGGGACUGGCGCUACCCACCCAGUAGCCACCCACUGCAGCGCACCGCCUAGGCAAGCCAGCUGACACCGAGGGCACAGACCACCCUCCACUGAGUGCGGAGCAGCCAAGCCCUGUGUCUAGGUCAUUUGGGAAACGCCUUGGAGAGUCAAGAAUAAAAUUGCAGGUCAAACAAUGGAUGACUGGAAAAGUCGGCUUGUAAUCAAGAGCAUGCUUCCCCAUUUCGCCAUGGUGGGAAAUCGUCAGGAGCCCAGAAAGCUCCAGGAAUCGGGAAAGAAGCCCUCGUGGAUGGAGGAAGAAGAUCUAUCUUUUCUCUACAAGAGCAGCCCAGGAAGAAAGCACCAGGGAACUGUUAAGAGGAGACAAGAAGAAGACCACUUCCAGUUUCCAGACAUGGCUGAUGGGGGCUACCCUAAUAAAAUUAAGAGGCCUUGCCUUGAAGAUGUCACCCUUGCAAUGGGCCCAGGCGCCCAUCCUGGUACUGCCUGUGCAGAGCUGCAGGUCCCUCCAUUGACAAUGAAUCCUAGCCCUGCGGCUAUGGGAGUGGCUGGCCAGUCGUUACUGCUCGAGAACAACCCUAUGAAUGGCAACAUCAUGGGCUCACCAUUUGUGGUACCACAGACUACAGAAGUGGGACUGAAAGGGCCUGCUGUUCCUUACUAUGAGAAAAUCAACAGCGUGCCGGCUGUAGACCAGGAGCUUCAAGAGCUGCUAGAGGAGCUCACCAAAAUUCAAGACCCUUCUCCGAAUGAGCUAGAUCUUGAGAAGAUACUGGGGACAAAGCCAGAAGAGCCACUGGUUUUAGAUCAUCCCCAGGCAACCCUAAGCACAACUCCCAAGCCUUCGGUUCAGAUGUCACACUUGGAGAGCCUGGCUUCCAGCAAGGAGUUUGCUUCUAGUUGCAGCCAAGUUACUGGCAUGUCACUUCAGAUCCCGUCCUCCACAGGGAUCAGCUAUCCGAUUCCUUCCACCAGUAAGCAGAUAGUGUCACCGAGUUCUUCAAUGGCACAGUCCAAGAGCCAGGUCCAGGCCAUGCUCCCUGUUGCUCUGCCCCCCUUACCAGUGCCUCAGUGGCAUCACGCCCACCAGCUGAAGGCACUGGCAGCCAGCAAGCAGGGGUCUGCUACGAAGCAGCAAGGACCCACCCCCAGUUGGUCUGGUCUGCCUCCUCCAGGACUCUCUCCACCUUACCGCCCGGUGCCAUCGCCACACCCACCACCACCACAACUGCCGCCACCACCCCCACCAUUCAGCCCCCAGAGCCUCAUGGUGUCCUGCAUGUCGUCCAAUACUUUGUCGGGCAGCACUCUCCGAGGCUCUCCCAAUGCCUUACUGUCAAGCAUGACGUCCAGCAGCAAUGCUGCCCUGGGGCCCACCAUGCCCUAUGCUCCUGAGAAGCUCCCCAGCCCUGCUCUCACUCAACAGCCGCAGUUCGGCCCUCAGAGCUCCCUUCUUGCCAACCUCGUGUCCUCUACCGUCAAGACCCCUCAAGGACACCUGAUGUCUGCUCUGCCCGCCAGCAACCCUGGGCCGUCCCCACCCUAUCGCCCGGAGAAGCUCUCCAGCCCAGGCUUGCCACAGCAGUCCUUCACCCCACAGUGCUCCCUGAUCCGAAGCCUCACUCCCACCAGUAAUCUUCUAAGCCAGCAGCAGCAGCAGCAGCAACAGCAACAGCAGCAGCAGCAACAGCAGCAGCAGCAGCAGCAGCAGCAGCAGCAGCAGCAAGCAAAUGCGAUCUUUAAGCCCAUGAACAGCAACUCAUCCAAAACCCUGAGCAUGAUCAUGCAGCAGGGGAUGGCAAGCUCCAGCCCAGGAGCCACAGAGCCAUUUACUUUUGGCAACACCAAGCCCUUGUCCCAUUUUGUUUCUGAGCCGGGUCCCCAGAAGAUGCCCUCCAUGCCUGCCACCUCUAGGCAGCCUUCCCUGCUCCACUACCUGCAGCAGCCGACACCAACACAGGCCUCUUCAGCCACUGCCUCCUCCACAGCCACUGCCACCUUGCAGCUGCAGCAGCAGCAGCAGCAACAGCAGCAACAGCAGCAGCAACCUGACCAUUCAUCAUUCCUUCUGCAGCAGAUGAUGCAGCAACCCCAGCGUUUUCAGCGAUCAGUGGCCUCAGAUUCCAUGCCUGCUCUGCCCAGACAGGGCUGUUGCCAUCUGUUUGCAUGGACUUCUGCAGCUAGCUCGGUGAAGCCCCAUCAUCAACACGGGAACUCUUUCACUAGCAGGCAAGAUCCUCAGCCUGGAGACGUGUCACCAUCUAACAUUACUCAUGUAGACAAAGCCUGCAAGCUUGGGGAAGCCAGGCCCCCCCAGGUCAGCCUCGGGCGACAGCCCCCAUCCUGCCAGGCCCUGGGGAGUGAGUCCUUCCUGCCCAGCAGCUCCUUUGCUCAUGAGCUGGCCCGAGUCACCUCCUCGUACAGCACCUCAGAGGCAGCGCCCUGGGGCAGCUGGGAUCCGAAGGCCUGGAGGCAGGUGCCCGCUCCACUACUGCCUAGCUGCGAUGCCGCAGCAAGAGGAACAGAGAUCAGGUCAUAUGGCAAUGACCCCUGAACGGCAGAAUGCAUAUAUCUCCCAACAGAUGAGUCCAUUUCAAGCCGUCCAAGAACAAGUCACCUCCAAGUGUAGCCGGAUCAAGGCAAGCCCCCCAUCUAGCAAGCACUUGAUGCCACCCAGGACUGGGCUCCUUCAGAACAAUCUGAGUCCAGGAAUGAUCCCACUCAGCAGGCACCAGAGCUGCGAGGGCAUGGAAGUGAUCUCACCAACUCUGGGGAAGCGGCAAGGAAUUUUCACCUCCAGCUCCCAGUUUCCCAUCCCCUCACACUCAGGCCACACUCCCCUGGGCAGUCUUGGCCCUGUCUGCCAGCAUAUGCAGAGUCCCAAGGCCACCCCACCAGAAGUGCCCCUGCCUGGGUUCUGUCCCAGCUCCCUGGGCACCCAGUCCUUGAGUCCCCACCAGCUCAGACGGCCUAGUGUGCCAAGAAUUCCCACUGUGUUUAACAAUGCUGCAUGGGGCACAGCGGCAGCAGCUGUGACCACAGCAGUUUCGGGGAAACCACCUCUGAGCCAAGUGGAUAAUAGCGUUCAGCAGCAUUUUGAUAGCAACUCCAUCUUUGCCAAGGCACCUGUAAGAGUCCCCCUGAUGGCCCCAGUGCCUGGCCAGAAGGUGAGUGCUGUUCUGGCCAACAACCCCAGCUUCAGCCUGCUGGGCAGCCAGAGCCUCAGGCAGAGCCCGGUGCGGGGCCCGGUGCCUGUAGCAAACACCACCAAGUUCCUCCAGCGGGGUAUGGCCAGCUUUAGUCCCCUGAGCCCCAUACAGGGCAUCGAGCCACCAAGCUAUAUGGCUGCUGCUGCCACCGCUGCUGCUGCUUCUGCCGUUGCCGCCAGCCAGUUCCCACGUCCGUUCAACAGAACGGGUAUUCCCCCUGAGCUGCCACCUGCCGACUUUUUGUGCCACCCCCAACCCCCACCAAAUGAUCUGAUUUCGUCACCUGACUGCAAUGAGGUAGAUUUCAUUGAAGCUCUCUUGAAAGGCUCCUGUGUGAGCCCAGAUGAAGACUGGGUGUGCAACCUGAGGCUGAUCGAUGACAUUUUGGAACAGCAUGCUGCUGCUCAAAAUGCCACAGACCAGAAUGCUGGACAAGUCACCCAGGAUGCUGGGGCGCUUUAAAUCUGAGCAGGAUGCCCAUAGAAACGCCCACGCUGACAUCGCUCUAGGGAGUGGUGUCACUCCACACCCGCAGGUGUCUCCCGUUACAAUUUGAGUGGUGUUGUCAGCCCGUGCUUAUCCCUCCCUCUACCUGUGACAAAAUGGAAAGCUGGUGAUUUUUCAAGCUAUGUGUACAUAUUUGAAAAUUUUGUAAAUGGUUUUCCUAAACAUUAAUGACAGAAGUAUUUAUACUUCAUUUUGUGACUUUGUAAAUAAAGCGACGGCUUUUGUUUCAGUAGGGCUGUGUUUACUAUGCAUUGUUUUGUGUUUAUUAUACAUUGUUACAAAUAUGCAGACUGUGUUGUUUGCUCCAGUGAUACCUUGUUAAGCUAAGUGGCUGAGUCGCUUAUGGUUUUGAUGCAACGAGCAAUGUGGAUGUGACCAAGAGUUGUUGUGCAAGUUGACAAAUGCCAAAUAGAAAACCACUUGGCCAUUUAUUUCUAUGUUCACUAAAAAUCCUAUUGCCUUGUGUGAUUCUUCAUCUCUUUUGCAAACCUUUCAGUCUCCGCUAGCUCUUUCCUAAUGAGCAUUUACAGCAGAAGCCGUUUUAUCGUUAAGUGCCCCACAGAGACACUUUACCAGGAGACUGAGAGAGUUCUCCAGAUAUGGGAGAGGCGCAGAGAGAACAUGUGAGCCGAGCACUGUCUCAGCAAUCCACCUUGAGGAGCUAGAGUAUCCUCCUCCCUGUACCAUUCAGACCGAGAGAAAAAGCCCAGCUUGUGUGCACCCUCGUGGGGUGAAGGCGAGCUGUUCCUGGUUUAAAGCCUUUCAGUAUUUGUUUUGAUGUAAGGCUCUGUGGUUUGAGGGGAAACAUCUGUAAACAUUAAUAGUUGAUUUGGCGUUUGUCUUUGAUGGUUUCUAUCUGCAAUUAUUGUCAUGUAUAUUUAAGUGUCUGUUAUAGAAAACCCACACCCACUGUCCUGUAACCUUUCCUCAGUGUCCAGACUUUGUGUAAUCACAUUUUAAUUGCCACCUCGUAUUUCGCCUCUGCAUUUGAAAUCUGGCGUCUGUUUCAAGCCAGUGUGUUUUUUCUUCGUUCUGUAAUAAACAGCCAGGAGAAAAGUG